GAGGGAGGGUGACAGAGAGGAGAAGCCAUUGCAGCAACAGCUUGGUGGAGGGAGCUGGACAUCGCAGGCAACAAACACUGGAACCAGAGCAGGUGCAGGAGCAGGGAAGGAAGAGGACCUGGCGGCGCCAGAACCGCUGGGUUGCUGCAAAGAGGGGCGGAGAGAAGGCGGGGGCGCUCACGCAGCGCGCCGGCUCCAGCUCCAGCGGUGCCGCGGGGAAUGUGACAUCAGCGGCGCCCGGCGCUUGCGGCUGGAGGAGGCAGCUCGCCUGGGCUGCGCGGUGCACACCUCGCCCGGGGGAGGACGCAGACCCCGGCAGGCAGCCGGGAUGUCGGCGAAGGAGAGGCCAAAGGGCAAAGUGAUCAAGGACAGCGUCACCCUCUUGCCCUGCUUUUAUUUUGUCGAGCUACCUAUAUUGGCAUCUUCAGUGGUUAGCCUCUAUUUCCUUGAACUCACUGAUGUCUUCAAACCGGUACACUCCGGAUUUAGCUGCUAUGACCGGAGCCUUAGCAUGCCGUACAUUGAGCCCACCCAGGAGGCAAUCCCAUUCCUCAUGCUGCUCAGCCUUGCUUUUGCUGGACCCGCAAUUACGAUUAUGGUAGGGGAAGGAAUUCUCUACUGUUGCCUGUCCAAAAGAAGAAAUGGAGUUGGCCUGGAGCCUAACAUUAAUGCUGGAGGCUGUAACUUCAACUCUUUUCUUAGAAGAGCCGUCAGAUUUGUUGGUGUGCAUGUGUUUGGACUGUGUUCUACAGCCCUAAUCACGGACAUCAUACAGCUGUCCACGGGAUACCAAGCUCCAUACUUUCUGACUGUGUGCAAGCCAAACUAUACCUCUUUAAAUGUGUCUUGCAAAGAAAAUUCCUACAUUGUGGAGGACAUUUGUUCAGGAUCUGACCUUACAGUUAUCAACAGCGGCAGGAAGUCCUUCCCUUCUCAGCAUGCCACCCUUGCUGCCUUUGCAGCUGUGUAUGUUUCGAUGUACUUCAACUCCACAUUAACUGAUUCCUCUAAGCUUCUGAAACCUCUCUUGGUUUUUACAUUCAUCAUCUGUGGAAUCAUCUGUGGGCUGACACGGAUAACUCAAUAUAAGAACCAUCCAGUCGAUGUCUACUGCGGCUUUUUAAUAGGAGGAGGAAUUGCAUUGUAUUUGGGCCUGUACGCUGUGGGCAACUUUCUGCCUAGUGAAGAGAGUAUGUUUCAGCACAGAGAAGCCCUCAGAUCUCUGACCGACCUCAAUCAAGACCCCAGCCGGGUUUUAUCAGCUAAAAAUGGUAGCAGCAGCGAUGGAAUCGCUCACACAGAAGGCAUCCUCAACAGAAGCCACAGAGAUGCGAGCUCCUUAACCAAUCUCAAAAGGGCGAAUGCUGACGUCGAGAUCAUCACCCCUCGGAGCCCCAUGGGGAAGGAGAACAUGGUGACCUUCAGCAACACCCUUCCCAGAGCCAACACUCCGUCGGUGGAAGACCCAGUCAGAAGGAACGCGAGCAUUCAUGCCUCUAUGGAUUCUGCUCGAUCCAAGCAGCUCCUCACCCAGUGGAAGAAUAAGAAUGAAAGUCGCAAGAUGUCCCUGCAAGUUAUGGAGACCGAGCCAGGGCAGUCACCGCCCAGGUCCAUAGAAAUGAGGUCCAGCUCAGAGCCCUCAAGGGUCGGGGUGAAUGGAGACCACCAUGGUCCUAGCAAUCAGUACCUCAAGAUCCAGCCAGGCACUGUCCCGGGCUGCAACAACAGCAUUCCUGGAGGACCCCGGGUGUCCAUCCAGUCCCGCCCCGGCUCCUCACAGUUGGUUCAUAUCCCUGAAGAGACCCAGGAAAACAUCAGCACUUCCCCCAAGAGCAGCUCAGCUCGUGCAAAGUGGCUAAAAGCUGCCGAGAAGACCGUGGCCUGCAACCGGAGCAACAGCCAGCCACGCAUCAUGCAGGUGAUCGCCAUGUCCAAGCAGCAGGGUGUCCUGCAGAGCAGUCCCAAGAACAACGAGGGCAGCACAGUCUCCUGCACCGGCUCCAUCCGCUACAAGACCCUGACAGACCACGAGCCCAGUGGGAUCGUGAGAGUGGAGGCUCACCCGGAGAACAACAGGCCCAUCAUCCAGAUCCCGUCCACCGAGGGUGAGGGCAGCGGCUCCUGGAAGUGGAAGGCUCCUGAAAAGGGCAGCCUGCGCCAAACUUACGAGCUCAACGACCUCAACAGGGACUCAGAAAGCUGCGAGUCCCUGAAAGACAGCUUCGGUUCUGGAGAUCGCAAGAGAAGCAACAUUGACAAUAAUGAACAUCACCACCAUGGAAUCACCACCAUCCGCGUCACCCCAGUGGAAGGCAGCGAGAUCGGCUCAGAGACGCUGUCCAUCUCUUCCUCCCGUGACUCCACUCUGCGAAGGAAGGGCAACAUCAUUCUGAUUCCUGAAAGAAGCAACAGCCCCGAGAACACCAGAAAUAUCUUCUACAAAGGAACCUCUCCCACGCGGGCUUAUAAGGAUUGAGUGCGGACCAUUCAAAAGUUUGGGUGACAUCCCGCCCCAAAGACCCCGCGUUGAUUCUACCUGUUCCAGAGGAUUAGGAAGCUUUCUCGCCAAAUUAGAUUGUUUACCAUCAGCCCAGAACUCUAUUAACUCUUGAGAGCUACCAUGCUAAACUUGUAGACUUUACAUCACCAGAGGGGUAAAGCACAAUGCAAG